UGACCCAUUGUCAGUUGCAGUGUGUUUUAUCUAAAAUUUUGAUUGUAUGUGCGCUGAAAAAAGAUUGAAGGCUCGUGCAUCAUGGGGCGACAUAACCCUUUAAGAUGCCGGAUUUAGAAGCAGGGUUAGAGAUAGAGCCUUGCCGUAGAAAUGGUUGGACGCCCCCGCCUUCAGCCCGCCAGGCAAUUACCUGGCUGGUUCUGGUGGUUUUGGGUGUCAUCUAUUUCACCUCAUUAGUGCCGGCCCUACACAACUCCUGGCAGCUUCCAGCAUACAUAAGUACAGGAGUUUUGAUGCUUGCACACGUCAUUGUGCACGUCAUCACAAUAUCUAUAGAUCCUAGUGAUCCUAGAGUACUCAGGAAGAAGAAACCUAAGAUUAAGUUUGACGAGAUGAAACAUCAGCACGUCAUAGAAAAUCAGCACUGCAAUAUAUGCCAAGUCAAUGUCAAGGCCCAUUCUAACCACUGUCGUGUAUGUAACAAAUGUGUUUGGAGGUUCGACUAUCACUGCCAUUUUGUGAAUAAUUGCAUAGGAGGCAGAAACUACAGAUGGUAUAUGGCAACUCUCGGAACAGCUUUUGUGGCAUUAUGCUUAAUCAGUGGCCUUGCUGUCACUGAGUUUACCUUUUUCUUCACCGAUCAAACCAAUAGACACAUUUUGCAGCCCUAUCGAGAUCUGAACACUCUCCAAACAUACAAAGAUGCAAACUUCAAAAUCCUCUACCAAAGUGUACCAUACGAGGCGUGGCUGACCGUGCUCGCCUUCACCUUCACUCUGGGCACCUCAGUAGCUGUUGCUGUUCUAGGACUCAUUUGUGUUCACAUUUAUCUCACUAGCCACAAAUCGACAAUCUUUAAAUCGUUAGAAAACCCAUCAAAAGCAUAUGUGCCAGUGAAGGUGGAAAGCUACAUGAGCGGUGCUACAUUGAAUUCUGGCUCUUUCACCAUUGAGCUCGUCACUGGUCUCCCCUGGGUCAGCACAUUUCACACAACACGCUCAGCCAAGAACUCAGCCAAGAACUCAGCCAAGAACAACAACAACGAAUGUGAACUGAAAAUGGUGGAUGAGACUUGUUCCAGCAGCGCCCAAUCUGACAACAGCUCAAUGUGCAGCCUGAGCCAGGGCGUUGUGUCCUUGGCGCCAAGCACUACCAGUCUGUAGACACUGAACUUCAGACAUGCCAAACAAACACCUUCACCUUUAGUCCAUGUACUAUUUUUACAAUAUUUUAGGUUAUUUU